AUGCAACAAUAUGCUUCUUGUAAAAGUAGGGCAGCGGGACUUCUGUUGUGGCUGCAGGCACUGCGAAGGUUGAGUGCUCAUGCGCGCGAAGAAGCUACUGGGAGGGCCGUAGCCCUUCUGCGGAGUAUUCCUUCGACUGGGAUAGCACCGUGGAGAGAUGGAGAUCAGGAGAAGCCGGCUCCUUUUGUGAUAGCCAUCAGCCGCCCGCUCCAGCGCCUGGCUCUAAGAGAGCUGCUGGGCUGUGAUACAAACUUUUCCGACAGCAUACAGCAGAGGGCCGACCCAGCGUUGGAUGCGACUGGAAACAAGGAGACCAUGGAUGUGGUAAAAGGGACAGCGGAAACUUCCUGGCGCCAACUGUGCGCCUCAACAAACAUCGGACUGGAAAAACUGCGGUCAGGCGCCGUAUUGCUAACUCUCGAGCUGCCAUCUGCUGUUCAUGAUCGAGGAAACGACAGAUUAUCUAACUCAGAACACGGCACCGUAUCAGCACGGUAUACCCAGGAGCCGCGUGCCUCAGACGCUGCACCUGCGGGAAAUCCUGUGGCAGGCUACCGUACAACUGCAGCCAAAAAAGAAGCUAGUGACUACACCGACCCGCUAGGAGACCUUUCAGAAAGCGUGUGCGCAUUGACAGAGGCGGCUAUGGUCCGAGCCAUCGCACUCACGCUAGUCGAGGCUGCCGACGUACUGGUUGUACCUCUUUCUUAUGACGGACUUGUUUCGGUACCACGGUCACAUGACCAUUGGAAAGGUAACGAAUAUGGAGAGCUCCUUUGCCUGGGAGGUAUUACACCAGGAGAGGAGGGAGGCCCAACAGCAACACGGGACAACGGUCGGGUCAGGCAGGAAUGUCAGCCACCACUUCGGACUGAACCCAAGCCGGCCCAUGCUCACGUUCGCCUCCCAGAAGAUGUCUUGCAGCUGCUGCAAGCAAUGCGGCAGCUGAUUAACGCUGAAAUCUUUCAAGAAGAGGCCAGCAGUAGUACAAGACAAUCCCGCAUCCGCCCAAACAAAUCAACGGGGCCAGUUUCCCUUGGAACAAACCGACCUCGCCGGCUGCCGCUUUUCGUCAUUGCCCUUGAGGUAAUUUCCACAGCCAGAGUAGGUGUGUUCGGCAUGCAUUCGCCCGAACGAGGAAAGGAUACUCGAGAUGAAAUAGAUCAUCUGAUACAAGGGAUUGAACCAAGAAAUGCAUCAGUCAAGCAGAUUGCCGACGCGUUGGCAGCUUUGCUUACCAGAGAGCAUGUUUCUGGUCCUCCCAACGCAUUUGAGUUUCCUGGAUAUGCUCUAUCGUCGAACGUAUGCGGGGCAGCCUUUAGGCUCUCCUUGGCUCAUGCGAGGCUUUCACUUCAACGUAGAGCACUGCGCGAGGAGCUUAGACGGUCUGUUGAGAGAGAAAUACGCACAAUUUUCCUCAGGUGGGCUCUGCAAAUAGAGAGCAACCUCAGGUUGAGUCUCCGAGCAGAGCUGGUAGCUGCACUGCAACGAGACGCACGGCGUUUUGAAUCACUGACCCCAGGAAUUAUUCGAAAGGCUUUGACGACGCUGGACGAGCGAUUGGCGCUCCUACUACCCCACGCACCUGGCGUUACGGAUCAGCAACCUGUAGAAUCACUGCUUGGUAGCCGAGAGACGCCUCCAGGAUUACUGGAGCAAACUGACGUGGCCAAGAUAUCUGACGCUUCUGCUAAAGCUGCCCGGGACAGACAGUUGUGCCGCAAAUUCUACCAUUCUCUGGUUGAAAUCCAUCUUCUUCUUCUUCAGAAAGCAGCCAGGGACUUUUCUGCCAUGGCGACGGAAUUAUCUAGGUCCCCGCUUGCUGCGUUGCUUCGCCAACAGCAUGGUUACUCCCGCUACAAUACAGGACCCGUUCAGUUCCUUUUCGGGUUUACAAACGACAGCGAAGGCUUGGAGAGCGGUCGAAAUGCAGCUUUCCGUUUACAGCCUAAACUUCAUUUUGAUAUAGAAGUAGAUUGA